AUGGCGCUCCUCGUCGAGAUCACCAUGUGCACCUCGUUGCGCAUGAGCUCCCACGUGACUAGCCUCGACGCGUUGUGGACCAGGAUCGCCAUCUUGAUCCUGUCCCCAAUCCUCUCGUGGCUCUGGCUCUCGUACUUCGUGACCUUGAAGUCGAAGAGCCUCGCGUUCCUCACCUCUUCCAGCGGGAACGUCAUGGCUGCUGUCAGUUCGUUGGCCAUCUGCUCGUCGAGGGCCCCGAGGUACGCGAGCAUCUUGAAGCUCCACCCUGGCCACUCGUCCUCGCUGCCUCCGAACGCCUUCGGCUUCGCUAGAAGCCGAGUGUCCACCAGAUCCUGUGGCGCGGCCCUCGCCGCUGCCACGGGCCUGCUCGCGGCGGCGCCUGCGCUCGCUGCUGCUGACUCCGCCGCCAGGGGCGCGGCCCUCGCCGCUGCCCUAUUGCUGGCGCCCGAGAGUCCGCUCGUGCGGCGGCCGAAGGUGCACGACAGGUGCACGCUCCUUGCCAUGCAACUGCGCCCCAAGGAGGGCUGGGAGGGCCGCCACGCGACGGCGCCGCCGGUGCCAGACGAGGAGCUGGAGGGGGUGGACCCGAGCGCGCUGCGGCGCGACCAGCUGAUCUGGGCCGUGGGCCGCGCCGCCACGCUGGGCCUCAGCUCCGAGCGCUUGUGGACAGGCCUCGGCGAGGCGGUGGCCACUCUGGGCGAGUCGCAGCUCACGCCCGCGGAGGUGGCCCGCCUGCUGCAGGCGCUCGCGUACGCGCCGAGGGAGGCGCCGCUGGACGCGAGGCAGCUGCAGAGGCUGCUCAAGGCCUUCGCUGUCAGGGCAGGGGAUUACAGCGACGAGCGCCUCAUGCGGGUCGUCUACGCGUACGGCAAACUCGCAGCCAAGCGCGACCUAGGCCUGCAGAAGUUCUUCGACUUUGUGUCCAGCGAGGUUGUCGAGCGCGCCGCGAAGCUGUCGUGCACGCGCAAGCUGCGGAUCCUGAAGGCCGUGUGGGCUCUGCCGCAGGGUGCGUUGCUCGGAGCGCCGCUGGCCGCGGAGCUGCGGAGGGUCGACCGCACAGGCGUCGGCCGAGCAGCCGGCGCCGUGGUGGCCCACACCGAGUACGAGACGAUCGAUAAAGAGCAUGGUGCUGCGGCAGAGGUCGCAGCACAGGCGACGGUGUUCGACAACCCCGAGUAUCCGAUGAAAGGCAUCGAGAACAUGGAGCUUGUGGCGACGGUCAAGAACCAAGAACAAUAA